AUGUCUCGUCACUCUCAAAUGAGCUUCUGGCACCACGGCGACUUGGUUGAUGUGGAUGGUGUUGAACGGUUGCUGGAUAUCCUUCCCAACCGAGGAUGCCAGGCUUUUCAAACUCUUUGUCUUGCUCUGGAGACAACAUACCCUCAUCUUGUUACGGUCAUGUUCUUGGGCACCAACCAACAACGACCACCACGCCCACUUUCAGGACCGCCCAUACAGAUGAGGAACUUGGACUUUGAGUCGGAUCCUGGAAGCGAUAGGGAUUCCGACAGAGGAAUGCAUGGACAUGUGAUCUCUCCUCAUGACUAUGAUCUGCAGCAGAGCAACCUGGCACUCCUCAGAGCAGAAUUGAGGUUGGUCACCCAUGACCGGGAUGCUCUCCGGAAGCAAUUGCAGAAGCUCAUGGCACGACAAGGCAUGUCAUCUGAAAAAAUCGUGAAUGGAGGAUAUUUUGGACCCCUGGACAAUAGAGAUGGUGAGAUCAUGAGUCAGCUAGUCAGCUCUUUUGAAUAUGAAUGGGAAGUUGGUCCAAAGGCUAGAGGAACUCUGUCAAGGUCCUCUGGAGGAAGUCUUUUUUCAAACUCGGGAUCAGAGCACUCCCUCCAGGAGGACUACGAAUCCCUGAAGCACCAAUGUGAGCGAGCCAAGGUUGAACUCCAGACCCUCCGCAGGCAACACAGUCGUUGUGAGAGUAUGUCAAAGGAUUGCGAGUACCUGCGGAAGCAGGGUCAGGAAGCGAUGUCCAAGCUGGAAGCUGCCAAUAGCAACGUGCAUGCCUUGCGGGCGCAGGUGAAUGACCUGGUUGCAAAUAGGGAUCGACUUGAACAAGAGGUUGCCUCUCUUCAGAAGUCCAGGGAGGAGGAUCAGAAGGAAGCAGUAGAGCUCAGGCGGCAACAUCAGGCAGCAAUGAAGGAGAAUGGGAGUGCUGAGACCAUCAACCAGCUGUAUCUGCAGGCACUGAGAAAAUACGAGGCCUUAAAGGAUGAUCAUGACUCCCUGCGAAAACGGCACACAGAUGUCAUCUCCCAAUACUCUGCUGCUGCUUCUAAGCUGGAGCUCUCUCAGGAGGAGGUGGCUCGACUGAAGCUGCAAUAUGAGGAAUCCAUCCAAGAGCGAAACGCUGCUGUUCGAGAGCGAAAUCAGUUCAACAAGCAGUGCACUGCUGCCAUCAGGCAGUGGGACAAUGCCCUCAGGGAAAAUAGUGAGCUCAAGGAGCAGAUAAGCAAGAUGCAGCAGCAGCAUGAUGAAGCAAUGAAGGAAUUAAAUCAGGUUCUGAACUCCCGGCUCAAACAUCUCGCUGAAGAGCGGAAUUCUAUCAAACAGGAAUACCGUUUGGUGAUGGGGGAGCGAGACAAUGUGCACAAGGAGAUCGAGCGACUACAGGAUGAGCUGAGCAAAGCAACAAUGACCAAGAAGAUGUUAGAGGGAUCCAACAAGGAGUAUUCAGAGGAACUAGAGUCUCUCAAGCGGGAAAUCACUGUUGCACUCCAUGACCGGGACCGGGCAUUGAAGGAGAUCAAUGACCUGCGGCAGCGCCUCGGCGGUAAGGCCGAUGGACUUGGUCCUGGAGAUCGAGAACCCAGGCAUUCUUUUGAGGCCUCCAAGGAGAACAGGGAUGUGAGUGGGCAUUAUGACGGGGCAGAUAGUCUGGACUCGCAGCGUGUGGAGAAGCUGGAGAAUCUGGACCAGGCCAACCAAGAGGUGGAGAAACUACGCAAAUUGGUUGAGAAGCUGAAGGCUGAGCUCAAAGAUGCCUUACAAGAAGCAGAAGUGUCAAAGAGACGCAGGAACUGGGCAUUUGGCGAGCGAGACAAGAUUGUGCUCGAGCGGGAGAGCAUCAGGACUCUGUGUGAUAAGCUUCGCCGUGAGCGGGAUCGUGCUGUGUCUGACCUGGCUGAAGCAUUGCGUGAUUCAGAUGACAUGAAGAAGCAAAGGAAUGCUUUUUCUAAGGAGAUCAAGGAACUCAGGGAGUUAUUGGAGGCCCAGGAGCAGGAAAUGCGUCUCCAGCAGCGGAACACUUCAUCCUCGCUGACCAACACCUUCAGCAGGGACUCUGCCAUCGACUCCGACAUGGCCGAAUGGGAAUCCACUACCCUUCAUUUCAGUCAUAUGGAAUUGGGUGUCCAUAAUCUGGGAGUGGAGAUCAGUUUGGAAGGAGCCAGAGGUGGGAACAACCUCCCAAUUGUCACUGCCGUUGCUCCAUCUUCCCCUCUCUAUGGGAAACUUUUGGUGAGCGACAAGCUGGUGCGCAUCAAUGAUCAUGACUGCAUGGGCAUGGUCCCUGCAAAUGCAUUGAAUCUGCUGCAGAAGGCCCCUGAGAACUUGCAGGUCCUCGUCCAGAGACGACGCAUGCCCCGGGGAGUCCACUUGGUCCAGUUGGUGCUAAAGGGUGGAAUUAUGGGACUUGGAAUCAGUUGGGAGAAUGGGAUCUACAUCUGUAGAAUUUCAAGUGGAUCACCUGCUGCCAGAGAAGGAACACUGUCGAUUGGUGAUAGACUUAUAAUGGUGAACCAGAAAUCAGUUGAAGGGAUGACAGUGGGUGAGGUGGAGAAGCACCUGGCAUCUUGGAAAGAGAGUACGGUGACAUUGUCCGUAGCAAAGUUCUCACCCCAUGCUGCACGCUCGGUGUUCUCUUCCUUGCCCUCUUCCCCACUUGACACCACUCAGGAGGAAAAGCUUGAUGCUGCCUCCAUCAGUACUGGUGGUGGUGAGAUUGGGAGCCAAGAGCUGGACAGUGGAGACAGCAGCCGAGAGCUCCAUGGAAUUGGAAUCACCAACGGACUGGGCCUCGGCACUAGACGGGAUGUUGCCACCAGCCCCCUCAGGCAAUUCCUUUCUUACAAAUCUGAGGCAGAGAAGGAGUCAUCUUCAAGAGGGAGUAGUAGUCGAGAGGCACUCACUCAUGGAAAGGGGAACAGGGGUGUCAUGCGGCGCCUAAUCAAUUCCUCUAGCCAGACCAAUUCCUCUAACCAGCCAGAGGAAGUCAAGCAUCGCAGCAAUGAACGAGUUUAUACUGUGAAGAAGGCAGGUGGUGAGAAGGGUUCCAACUCAGGCAUUAGGGACAUCUUGAAGGAGAGGUUCAUCCCAGAGUUUGUGCGGGUGAGGCGACAGAGCAAGGAGCGACGGGGACCUUCUGAGUCCAGUCCCUCGUCCUCUGGCAAGAAGUCCUUCCGCAACUCCACCCCAAGUCCAUUUGAGCGAGAGAAGGAAGAUGCCAUUGCUGAGCUAGAUUCUGUCAUAGCAAACUAUCAGCCCAAAGGGUCAGGGACAGCUAAGCGUAUCCGCCGCCGCCCUGUUGAACACGUGGAAAUUGAGCCACAUGGGACAUGGCCAAAAUAUCGUGGAGCACCAUCCUCGGCCUAUGACUCAGUCUUGUACACUGGCACCAUCUUUCCCCGUACCCAAGGCAGGAAGGAUCGUUCCCGUGCACCUCUGUCCUCUGUGUUCCCAUGCACUGUGGUGACAAGCUCAGCAAGUGCACCCCCUUACCAAUGCGCACCGAUGCAUCACUACGACUAUGCCCCAUCCCCAUUCAUGUCAUCUCUGGAGCAGAAGUCUCCUGGCUCUGGUCGCGAUCUGGAACACAAUCAUGAACGCAUCAGUGCCCUCACUCCAUCUGACACCAGUCUGGAUUAUUCUGUUCGAUCUGCAAGUUGCAAGAAGGAGAUUCUGGAGUACUAUGUGAAAAAGAAGGGGUCAUCAUCAUCAAAGGGUGGUGGACAGUGCCAGAGUGACAGUGAGAGCAACCUUAGUCCAGUGGAAUCUACCACCAACCUUGGUGGGAGUGGAGGUAGCGGCAGCGGGAGCACCUACGGCUACUCGACCCCCACCCACCACCUCCGUGUCCAUUCCCAGCUCUAUCCCGGUCCCACAUACAUGUCCUAUCCAGUGCCCAUGCCCAUGCCCAUCCCCCAUCCCCAUCCACACCCACAUUCAGCUUCAGCUAGGUACAGGGCAGUGAGUCCAACAGCCUCACUCCCCAUGACCAUGAGCCGAAGUGGGGAUUCUAUUUUAUCGUCUGCAACUCAUGAGCGAUCGUUCCAUGACGUUGGUCCUUAUGUCUCCUCUCCACAUGCACCUAUGUAUCACCCUGGAAUUCAAGCCGGGGACUUGGGCUGCCCGUAUCGGCCAGGCCCUGGGGGAGCUCCCAGGCCACUGUCGAUGCACCCGACUCAUCUUCUGUACCAAGAUGAUUACGGUCAUCAGGUUUAUCAUGCUGAGUUCCCCCAGGCUGGAACGUUCCCAAGAAAAAAGGACAAUCAGCGCAUCAGGAUUCCAUCAAAUCAAAGUGUGACCAGCAAAAGUUCAGCAGGGAAGCUGACAGGGAGCAUUGAACAAGGAAUUUCAGACCGUGGUUCUAGUCCCAUGCCCACCUUCCAUGUUGAGACUCUUGGGAAGCCCAGUAGUAGCUACUGGAGAUGUAAAAAACCAUCACCUGGGGAACUGAGGAGUGUGUACAUUGAGAAGUCUUCAGAACCACUGGGCAUCUCGAUCAGCUGCCUGAACAACAAAGGCGUGUUUGUUGCAUCAGUUGCUGAGAAGAGUCUUGCAGAGCGAGUUGGCUUGCAGGUUUGCAUGAUCUCAUAGCAGCAUAGUGUUUGAAUACCCUUUUCAACUGACAUCAUAAAUGUUUCAAAUAUUAUUCAGGUGGGAGACCAACUGCUGGAGGUGUGUGGGAUCAACAUGCGUAAUGCCACCAACGAACAGGCUGCAAGGGUCCUGCGCCAGUGUGGGGAUUCCAUCACCAUGCUCAUUCAGUACAGUCCUGACAAGUUCCAUGAAGGGGAAGAGGGAAGUACAAGUAGCGGGGGAGGUCAUUCUCGCAGUGAGUCACCUACCCCUUGCAACUCGCCCAAGUCUGGGCGUGCUCCUGCCCCACUCACCCUUGAUGAGGUUUCUCCUUCUGCCACCUCAACGCUUAGGGCCCCGCUGAGCAUGCCGACUAGUGCGAGCAGCAGUCUCACCCAUCAUCAGAUCAAUGAGGCCAUUGCCACACUUCACUCCAAGAAGAAAACUGACUCAAGCGGGCCUGGAGAGGAGAAGUCGGAUGGAGAGAAAGGCUACCCGCCUGCAUCACUCACUGCUCACGAGCCACGCCUGGUUCUGCUCAACUCAAGCAAUUCCUGCUCCCUUGGGGUGACCCUUGUCGGUGGGAAUGCUGUCGGGAUCUUCAUCCACUCUGUCCUCCCUGAUUCACCUGCUUAUAAAGCUGGCCUUAGGUGUGGGGACCGACUAUUGAAAUUCCAUGGAGCGGAUUUGCGUUCUGCAACAGCCGAGCAAGCUGCAUACGAAUUAGCAAAGCCUGCAGAAAACGUUGAUGUUCUGGCCCAAUAUGACUUCCAGAGAUACAUGGAGAUUCAGAACCAGCCAGGCGAUGGAUUCUAUGUGCGGGUGCUCUUUGAUCCCAUCCCGGAGCCCAGCAGUAGUCGAGAUGCAGCAAAUCCCCCCCUCAACUUUAGCAUGGGAGACAUCCUUUAUGUGGAUAACACAGUCCACAAUGGGAUCCCAGGCCAGUGGAGUGCUUGGAAGGUGGAUCCUAAUGGACACAAACAAGAGUGGGGCAUAAUUGCCUCCAAAUACAAGAUGGAGGAGAAACUGUUGCUGCUGCGCAGUCUUGGAGAGCUGGACUGUGUGUCUGGUGAUGGGAGCAGCGGAAGCCCUGUCGGUGGAAGUGGAGGUAGCCGGCGCGGGUCCACGACAGCACGUCGCAGCUUCAUCUUCCGGCGCAAGAAACCCCAAAGGGGAUCAAGUGCUGGAGAGGCAAAGGAGCUGGCCUCUUUCUCUGAUGCCUCUCUUCACACCUAUGGGGAUACAGGUCUCCUCAAUGAGGAGCCUCCUUUGCCACCACCCACCUAUCAGAGAGUGGAGCGCCUCAACUGCCUGAUAAUGAGACCUGUCCUCAUCAUUGGACCCUUGGCCGACUUUGUCUCAGAGAAGAUGGUUCAGGAAUAUCCACACAAAUUUGCUCAAUGCAUUCCUGAGAGCCUGCAUUGUAUCCUUGACAUGAGCCUGAGCGCUGUAGAGCGUCUUCAGUCAUUAGGUAUCUACCCACUUGUGUUCCUCAUCAAGUUCAAGAGCCCCAAGCAGAUUCGUGAAGUGAAGGAUACCCGCCUCACAGAGAAGCUCUCUGCCAAAGUCGCCAAGGAGGUGUUUGAACAUGGUGGGAAAAUUGAAGCCGAAUUCAAGCCUCUUAUCUCAGCCGUGAUCCACGCAGCAGGUAACCUGUCCUAUAUCUGCACACAAGUGGCAUCACAUGUGGAACAGGGGCAACGGAGCACCUUAUGGGUCCCCUCCCCCCAUCCCUUAUGGUGAAUCCCACACAUCUGUGAUCGUCGUUCCUUUUAUCCGACAAUCUUUCUUUGUGCUGCUUUUGUCUGGUCAAUGCUAGAUUUUCUCCUCCGUCCAAUUGUGGCAAUCGUUAAUAUGCAGCUGUUAUCUUGAUUUAAGAGUCAAAUUUUAUCAAAUUGUUUCAUACUAUGAUGAUUGUGAGCUUCUUUAAUUACACAUUUUGAACUUGAGGCUAUGGUUUAACUUGAUCAAGUAGAUGACUUAAAUGGAACAGAGUUUUUUUAUAUGGGAUUACAACAGUUUUUUGGAGCAAAUUUUUAUUUGGGAUUUCAUGGGUUUUUUUGUCCUAGUAUAAGUGGUUAUACCAUGGCUCAGGGACAGUACAUGACACUCAGAGCAAUGGACUUUGUAUUGAAUGAACAGUGGAAGUGUAACAAUUUCCUGGUACACUCAUUUUUCCUGCACUUCUCAAAACCUGAAUAAAAAAG